AUGGCCCCGCGUCAAACAAAGUCAGACGCCAGAAAGGCUGGGUGUCAAACAAAGGCAAACGUCAGAAAGAUAUCGCAAGGGAAGAAGCCUCAAGUCGUCAAGAAGCCUGUUCGUCGGAGCACACGCAUAUGUCACCUUCAGGAGGAAACUGUAUCUCUGGACGGAAACAACCACCGUCCAACUAACGACCCCCCCAGAAAACAGGCCAAGUUACCACAAAAUUCGUCUGCCCCUUUGCAAACUAAAGGGCGAAAACGUAAGCGAUCGCGAGAAGCCGAAGAUUCACUCCGUAUUCCAGCGAAGCGCCCUCAAAAUCGACUGCGAAUAUCUCUUGCGAGCUCUGCUGCUGAGAACUCCGUUGGGGACACACCUGGCCAGGAAGCGGCAAGCAGUCUCCGCGGGAACGAGAUCAAUCCUAUCCACUGGUGGACGCAGAAAGGAAUCUGGCCUAAGGAAUAUUUUGAAGAGGGUAGCAACAUAAACGAACCCAAGGUCAUUCAGGAUAUUUCUCGGCUGAUCGUCCCUUCAGCACAAACCCUAGCCAUAUAUGGCGCGAAACAUCUUGAGGUCUUGAUUGAGAGCGUUAAUGAAGGCUGGGAUAACUCCAUUUCCGUAACUAAACCUCGUCCGCAGCCUGAUUAUUCUGUGGGGUUUGGACGGUCUGCAUUUACAGAUGUCCAACUUGACAAGCUCAAGCCUUUUGUUGGCGAGAUUACUGAUUCUUGUACUUCUUACUUCAUGGCAACAUUUUACAUGUACUUCCCAUUCCUAACAUGUGAGGUCAAGUGUGGCGCAGCGGCGCUUGAUAUCGCCGACCGACAGAAUGCCCACAGCGCAACUAUUGCAGUGAGAGCAAUUGUUGAGUUAUUUAGGCUGGUGAAGCGCGAAAAAGAGGUUGAUCGAGAGAUUGUCGCAUUUUCAAUCUCGCAUGACCACACGGCAGUGAGGAUCUAUGGCCAUUAUGCUGUUCUUGGAGCAGACAGAACUGCUUUCUACCGCCACCCGAUUCGCAAAUUUGAUUUCACGGAACAAGAUGGCAAGGAGAAGUGGGCGGCAUACAAAUUCACGAGGAGUGUCUAUGACAUAUGGAUGCCAACUCAUCUAAAAAGAAUCUGCUCGGCGAUUGAUCAGAUUCCCCCUAACGUGGAGUUUGAUAUAUCGCAAUCUGAACUUGACUUCUCCCAACAAUCCAACACUGAAUCAGUACCCCUGGAAGAGGACGACAGCCAGUCAAGCCAGCUAGGCUAUAAUGACUCAGCAGGUGUUACCCCUACCAGCUCUUUCACUGAGCAAACGCAAGUAUUCAAAAAGCUGAGGAAGAAACGUUUGGCCGAAUAA